CCGGAAGUGGCGGGACAAAACAUUGUUGACAAAAAAAAAUCAGCUAGCCUUAGCUAGGUGGCAUGUCGUUUUAUUGACAUUUAACUAAAGCUUCCGUUCAUUAUGAGUUAUUCAGAAGACAGACAUGGAACAAAACGACCCGCGUCUCCAAGUGAAGAUGGCUCCACUCCGUGGGCUGCAGCAGAUCUGGGCAGCAAUGAAAGGAAGCAGAAGUUUUUACGCUUGAUGGGGGCCAGCAAGAAAGAACACACCGGACGCCUCGUCAUUGGAGACCAUAAGUCCACAUCCCACCACCGAAGUGGGCAGGAAGAUAGGCAGAUGAACGAGCAACUAGAGAUGCAGUACCAACAGGGCAUGGAUGGGAAGCUGUCGGGCCGGAACCGGAGACACUGUGGCCUUGGUUUCAGUGAGCCUGAGCCAGAGCCAGUUUCAAUUCCCUCGCCACCAGAAGACAGUCAGACAAAAGCAACGGAAACAGAGAAGUCCACUGAUAAAAAAGGACGAGCAGACUCCCGGGACAAAGGCUGCGAUUCCGAUCCAGAAGAACAGAGCUCGGACGAGGAGAAGUCCACCUCAGAUAGCAGCGAUGAAGAACAGAAACACUGACAAGAAAAUGUCCUUUGUCAAGUCUGCGUAGGAGUACAAGGAAAGACAUGAUUUGUUUGACUGUGAGCGACCACUCAUCAUUCAGCAGCAGCACCCUAGGUGUGCAUGUCGUCACAAUGUCACAUCUGCAGGGUUUGGUAUUUUGAGUUUUCAGAUGUUCUAUCAUGUUUUAGCUUGCAAACUGUCCAGGUUUGAUUUUGUCCCAACAUUUUAAUUGUCAGUGCUUUUGCCACGACUAGUGUGGGAUCGGACAUGAUUGCUUGCCAUUCAGCAUGAUUGGUAUUCACAUUGUACAUUUUGUGGUUUCUUGUUUCAAAUAAAAACAAAAGGAAAUGUCA